AUGAAAUUUAUUUUAUUUGCAUCCUUGUUCUGUGCUUUGCUUGUCCUGAUCGCCGCCAGUGAAGUGGAUGUGAAUGAUGCUGAUCAGGGAUUAGUUCGUGAGAAACGUCAAUUUGGAUAUGGCGGCUUUGGUAGAGGCUAUGGUGGUGGUUUUGGACGUGGCUUUGGAUACGGUGGCCUUGGAGGUGGCUAUGGCGGCUUUGGUCGUGGCUUUGGAUACGGUCGAUACGGUGGUUUAGGAUAUGGUCCUUAUGGUGGUUUUGGCUAUGGUCGUUGA